CGCCCACGCCCCUUCUCCCCACUCCUCUCUUAGAGAGGUCGCAGACGGCAUCCUCCCCAUCCCAAAGGGGGAAAACCUUCGAUUUCCCCGCGAUUUUUUCCCGUGCGACCGCCGAUUCCUCGAUCGAGCCCGCGCGAUUUGCUUUUUUGGUCGGAUUCGCGUCCCUGGAAGCAUGCAGUCGGAUCAGCCUGUGAUCAGCUUGCGCCCCGGUGGCGGCGGCGGCGGCCCGCGCGCCGCCCGCCUCUUCUCCCCCGCCUUCGCCGCCGCCACCGGCUCCGGCGACUUCCUCCGCCCGCACGGCGGGGCCGCCUCCGGCAUCUCCAAGAUUGUUGAUUCACAUUUGGAGCCACGUGAGCGUGUUCGUUAUACAAGAGAUCAACUUCUUGAGCUGCGCGAGAUUGCUGAUGUAUCUGAGUACAUUUUAAGAAUCAAGCAAGAGAUUGAUGCAGAGUUUCAUGGUGAAGAUCAGAGCUGGGUCCACAAUGAUUCAAUUGUGCAAGGGCAAACACAAACCCAAACUCAAACACAAAAUCGUUAUGCUGAGACAGAUAACCGUGAUUGGCGUGCACGGUCAGCGCAACCACCUCCGGUUAUUGAAGAUAAGUCGUGGAACAAUAUUCGUGAAGCUAAAGAAUCCUAUGCUUCAAGUGGUAGGCAGCAGGAGCAAGUUAACAGGCAUGAUCAGUUAAGCUCCCAGUUUGCAAAAGCUCAGGUUGGCCCUACCAAUGCGCUUAUCAAGGCGGAAGUACCUUGGUCAUCCCGACGAGGCAAUCUCUCAGAGAAAGAUAGAGUCUUGAAAACAGUGAAAGGUAUUCUGAAUAAACUUACACCGGAGAAAUUUGAUCUACUGAAGGGCCAAUUAAUCGAAGCUGGGAUCACUACUGCUGAUAUUUUGAAGGAUGUUAUUACACUCAUAUUUGAUAAGGCUGUUUUUGAGCCAACCUUCUGCCCGAUGUAUGCUCAACUUUGUGCUGAUCUCAAUGAGAAGCUCCCAACAUUCCCUCCUGAAGAACCAGAUGGUAAAGAGAUUACGUUCAAACGUAUGCUGUUGAACAAUUGUCAGGAAGCCUUUGAAAGUGCGGACAGCACAAGGGCCGAGAUGGCAAAAUUGACUGGCCCUGACCAAGAGAUGGAGAGAAGGGACAAAGAACGGCAGGUCAAACUGAAAACACUUGGAAAUAUUCGACUUAUUGGUGAGCUACUCAAGCAAAAAAUGGUUCCUGAGAGGAUAGUUCAUCACAUUGUAAAGGAAUUGUUGGGUGCUGGGCCAGAUAAAAAGGCAUGCCCUGAAGAGGAAAAUGUCGAGGCUAUCUGUCAUUUCUUCAAUACGAUUGGUAAACAGCUUGAUGAGAACCCUAAGUCUCGACGAAUUAAUGAUACCUACUUCAUCCAGAUGAAGGAGCUGACAACAAACCCUCAUCUGGCACCACGAUUGAGGUUCAUGGUUCGUGAUGUGGUUGAUCUCCGGUCGAAUAACUGGGUUCCUCGACGUGAGGAGAUUAAGGCCAAGACAAUCAGUGAAAUUCACUCUGAGGCUGAAAAGAAUCUUGGAUUACGACCUGGAGCUGCAGCAGUCAUUAGGAAUGGCCGCAAUGCACCAGGCGGGCCCCUUUCGCCAGGAGGUUUUCCAAUGAAUAAACCAGGAACUGGAGGCAUGAUGCCUGGGAUGCCUGGGUCAAGAAAGAUGCCUGGAAUGCCUGGGUUAGAUAAUGAUAACUGGGAAGUUCCGCGUUCUAAAUCAAUGCCAAGAGGCAACCAGAGUCCGAUGCUUAAUAAACCAACAUCGGUUAACAAGCCAUCAUCAGUUAGCAAGCCAUCAUCUAUUAGCACCAGGUUUCUUCCUCAAGGCAGUGGAGCAGCACUAGUUGGCAAGAGUGCACUUUUGGGCACUGGUGGUCCACCAUCUCGCCCUUCCAGCUUUAUGGCCGGUCCAAUUCCCACACCAGCUCAAGCUACAGCAUCAGCAAAACCAUUAAGUGCAGCUCCAGCUGUUGCACCUGUUACUGAUAAACCACCAAGUGCUCCCAAGGUAUCCGCUGACCUUCAGAAGAAAACAGUAGCUCUUCUAGAGGAGUAUUUUGGUGUACGCAUUUUAGAUGAAGCACAGCAAUGCAUCGAGGAGUUGCAGAAUCCUGGUUACUACCCAGAGAUUGUUAAAGAAGCUAUCAAUCUUGCCCUAGAUAAAGGUGACAGUUUUGUUGAUCCUCUGGUUAGGCUGCUGGAGCAUCUGUAUGCAAAGAAAAUUUUCAAGACUGAAGACCUGGAAAGCGGAUGCUUGCUAUAUGGCUCCCUGCUGGAUGAUAUUGGCAUUGACCUUCCAAAAGCUCCAACACAGUUUGGUGAAAUUAUUGGUCGUCUGAUUUUAUCCUGUGGCUUGAGAUUUGAAGCUGUUGAGGAGAUUAUAAAGAAAAUGGAGGAUACUUUCUUCCGUAAACCAAUUUUGAACGCUGUCAUGAAAACCUUGGGAGCAAACCCAUCAGGUCAGGCUAUCUUGAGCUCACAUGCUGCUGUAAUUGACGCAUGCAACAGCCUUUUGGAAUAAUAGCUCUCGGCAGCUUUGGCCUAUCAACUUUUCAGAUGCUGCAUCUAGUGAAGACAGCAUCUUGUACUCUCUACAGUUUAGGUUUUCACCCCUGAAGGAACUCGUACUGGAGAUGUGUGAGCAACAGCCAGUUUUGAGCUGUAUAUUUUAGCGAGAUCAGAUGAGUUUCAUUAUUGUUUCGACAACGGAAGUAAAGAAAGAAGCCAUGGAUUUUGCACUUGGGCGAUAGCGUAAUUCGCUGGAGCCCGAGAUGAACAAGGCUCAAUGUGAUAUUUUUGUGUCCUCUUAAUGUUGUUAGUUCUUUUCUUGUGCCUACACAUUUUGUAACAAUGUACUAUGGCUUUGAAAAAUUCUGUUGGUUACAAUAUAUUGUGUUAUUUAGGGGUCA